AGAAGGGAGAACUGAGAAGGGAUGGCCCCUUUUUCACCAUCAUAAGGAUGGUUGGUCGUUGGUUUGAUCAGAGUCCUUUUUAUUGAAGUUUGCCAUACAGAAAACGGUAAUUUUGUGAGCACCUGUUGGAUGCCAGACACUGGGCCAAGCACUUGCUAAAGAUCGCCGAGUUACAAGGUGAUCCCGCAGCCAUCCUGGAAGUCGGGUCUCUGUUUUCCAGUUGAAGAACUCAGUGGGGUCAGAGACUGGAUUAGGACUUGGGUGUUCCUGAUUCUAGCUCAGCACUCUGCCCCUGUCCUCCUCCCUCCCUUUGCCUCUUCGUGGCUUCUUACAGGACUGGGAUAUUCCGUUAAUGCCUGGGCCGAUCUGCAUCCAGUCGUUUCCCGGUUGGCGCCACCCUAAAAUAGCUGUCUCCGGAUCUUUGUGCAGAUGGCUCCUUUUUCUCUUUCUUUGUUCUCUUGGGGCACGGCGUAGUUGUGGCAGAAACCUCCGUGCAGGGAAGGACCCAGCAGUGAGCGGCCCUGCUUUCCAGCAGCCCUCCAACAUUAGUCGCUUUUCUCUCUGGGGAACUUCACCAGUUGGUUGGACAUGAGGUCACUUUAACUUGCAUUUCUCAGAUUGUUUCCUGUUGUUAUUUAGUCAUUUCAGCCGUGCCUGACUAUUUGUGACCCCGUUUGGGGUUUUUUUGGCAAAAAACUGGAGGAGUCAGCCAUUGCCUUCUUCACCUCAUUUUACAGGCGAGGAAACUGGGGCAAAGAGGGUGAAGUGACUUGCCUAAGGUCACACAGGUAGAACGUGUCUAAGGCCAGACUGAAAGUCAGGACCAGGAACCCUAAGGAACAGUGUUGUUUCCCAUCCCAAGGGAAGAGGGGCACUGGAGAACCUGAGACAUCAAUUAUAAUUCCAAGGAAUCAGGACCCCUUCUAGGUAAGGAGCAGAGCAUAGACCAUGAGAGCAGUGACAAUAUCUCUCCCUGGUUUCUACUACCUUGGAAGCACUGACAACUUGCACAUCUUCAGAACUAGCUCUGAAAAGAGCAGGGCAAAAAAACCCUAAAGCUUCAGACUGUUCCUGCCAAGAAAUAGACUAGAAAAUGAGCAAACAACAUAAAACCCUGACCACAAAAGAAGACCAAGACACAAUCUCAGAAGAUAAAAAUAACAAAAUAGCCUUAAAAAUUGAAUUCCACAUAAGCCCAAUAAGAAUUCUUGGAAAAAAUUUUAAAAUAUUUUCAAAAGCACAUUGAGUGGUAGAGGUAAAAUUGGGGAAAGAAAUGAAAACAACAUAUGAAAAUUAUGAAAAUACAGUUAAUAGCUUGGCAAAAGAGGCACAAAAAUGCUAAAGGAAAUAAUUCUUUAAAAAGCAGUAUUGGUUAAAUGGAAAAGGAGGCACAAAAGCUUAUUCAAAAAAAUAAUUCCUUAAAAAUGAGAAUGGGCAUUGGAAGCUAAUGACUACCACAGCAAAAAACAAUAAAACAAAGUCAAAUGAAUCAAAAAGUAGAAAAAAAAUGGAAAACAUCUCUUGGAAAAACAAUUUACCUGGAAACUAGAUCAAGGAGAGAGACUUUAAGAAUUAAGGGACUGCCUAAAAGCCAUGAUCAAGGAAAACUGCCCUAAUUUCCUAGAAUCAGAGGGUAAAAUAGAAAUUGAAAGCCUCUACCAAUUGAUCCCUUGACAAGAUUCUCAAAAUGAAAACUCCCGGGAUUAUUAUAGCUAAAUUGCAGCGCUCCCAGCUAAAAGAAGAAAUACUUCAGGCAGCCAGAAAGCAAUCAUUCAAAUGCCAUGGAGCCACAGUGAAGAUCACACAAGAUCCAGCAUACACCACAUUAAAGGAGCAGAAGGAUUAGAAUAUGGUGUUCCAAAAUGCUGAAGAGUUAGGGUUACAAAGAAUAACUUACCCAGCAAAACUAAAUAAAAUCAUUCAAGGGGAACAAAAUGGAUAUUUAAUGCAAUAAAGGACUUUCAAGCCUUCCUAAUGAAAAGACUUGAACUGAAUAGAAAAUUUGACUUUCCAAACACAAGACUCAAGGGAAACAUUAAAAGGUGUGAGAAAGGAGUGAUGUCCUUGGUAAAUGUGAGAAAUUGUAUCCGUUUCUAUCAAACUGCAGAAGAACUGAACGCUACCACUCUGAUGAACUAUUGUGCGGAAAUCAUCGCCAGCCACUGGGAUGACCUGAGCAAGGAGGACUUCAGCAGCAUGAGCGCCCAGCUGCUCUACCAGAUGAUCCGCUCCAAGACGCAGCACGCCCUGCACAAGGCCAUCCGGCUGGAGCGCGAGGACGUCGUCUUCCUUUACCUCAUCGAGAUGGACGCGCAGCUGCCUUUGAAGCUGAACGAGCUGGAUCCCAACGGAGACCUCGCCUUAGAUCUCGCCCUUUCCCGGAGGCUGGAGAGCAUCGCCACCACCCUCGUGAGCCACAGGGCGGACGUGGACAUGGUGGACAAGAGCGGCCGGAGCCUGCUGCACAAAGCCAUCCAGAGAGGAGACAGCUUUUCAGCCACCUUCCUCAUCAAGAACGGCGCCCUGGUGAAUGCCGCCACCACGGGGGCCCAGGAGACCCCGUUGCACCUGGUGGCCUCGUCCAGCUGCAGGAAGGGCGCGGCAGAGGCUGCCUCCGAGAUGGCGCGGAUCACUGAAUCCCUGCUGCAGGCCGGGGCCAACCCCAACAUGCAGGAUGCCAGAGGGAGGACUCCGUUGCAUUCAUCGAUCAUUGCCCGGAACGACGUCGUCUUCAGUCAGCUCCUGCAGUGCAAACAGCUGGACUUGGAGCUCAAGGACCACGAGGGCAGCACGGCCCUGUGGCUGGCCGUCCAGUACAUCACGGUGUCUUCGGACCAAGCGGUGAACCCCUUUGACGACGCGCCUGUGGUCAACGGCACCUCCUUCGAUGAGAACAGCUACGCGGCCAGACUGAUUCAGCGGGGCAGCCACACGGACGCGCCCGACACGGUGACGGGGAACUGUUUACUGCAGCGGGCGGCCAGCUCGGGCAACGAGGCCGCGGCCCUCUUCCUGGCGGCCAGCGGAGCCAAGGUCAAUCACAAGAACCGAUGGGGAGAGACGCCACUGCACACGGCCUGCCGGCAUGGCCUGUCCACCCUAACGGCCGAGCUCCUGCAGCAGGGUGCUAACCCGAACCUGCAGACGGAGGAGGCCCCGCCCGCGGCCCCCGGUCCGGCCGAGGGCAUCUACCUGCAGACCCCGCUGCACAUGGCCAUAGCUUACAACCAUCCCGACGUGGUGUCCGUCAUCCUGGAGCAGAAAGCUAACGCCCUCCAUGCGCUCAAUUCCCUGCAAAUCAUCCCGGACUUCAGUCUCAAGGAUUCCAGGGACCAGACUGUGCUGGGGCUGGCGUUGUGGACAGGCAUGCACACGAUAGCGGCCCAGCUGCUGGGGUCGGGGGCCUCCAUCAACGACACCAUGCCCGACGGGCAGACGCUGCUGCACAUGGCCAUCCGGCGGCAGGACGACAAGAGCGCCCUCUUCCUGCUGGAGCACCAGGCCGACAUCAACAUCCGGACCCAGGACGGCGAGACUGCCCUUCAGCUGGCCAUCAGAAACCAGCUUCCCCUGGUGGUUGACGCCAUCUGUACCCGUGGGGCCGACAUGUCCGUUCUGGAUGACCAGGGAAACCCCCCUCUGUGGCUCGCCCUAGCAAGUGACCUGGAAGACAUCGCCUCUACUCUGGUGAGGCACGGCUGCGAUGCCACGUGCUGGGGCCCCGGCCCGGGCGGGUGCCUCCAGACGCUCCUGCACCGAGCCAUCGAUGAGAACAACGAGGCGGUCUCCUGCUUCCUCAUCCGCAGCGGCUGUGACGUGAACAGUCCCAGACAGCCGGGGGCUAACGGAGAAGGGGACGAAGAGGCCAGAGACGGGCAGACCCCCUUGCACCUGGCGGCCUCCUGGGGCCUGGAGGAGACGGUCCAGUGCCUCCUGGAGUUUGGGGCCAACGUCAACGUGCAGGAUGCUGAGGGGCGGACACCAAUUCAUGUUGCUAUUAGCAACCAGCAAAGCGUCAUCAUCCAGUUGUUGAUUUCCCACCCUGACAUCCGCCUGAACGUCCGGGACCGCCAAGGCCUGACCCCGUUCGCUUGCGCGAUGACUUACAAGAACAACAAGGCGGCGGAAGCCAUCCUGAAGCGAGAGCCAGGAGCUGCUGAGCAGGUAGAUAAUAAGGGCCGGAACUUCCUCCACGUGGCCGUGCAGAACUCGGACAUCGAGAGCGUGCUGUUCCUCAUCAGCGUCCAGGCCAACGUGAACUCCCGAGUCCAGGACGCCUCGAAGCUGACUCCCCUCCACUUGGCGGUCCAGGCGGGGUCUGAGAUCAUCGUCCGCAACCUUCUUCUUGCAGGGGCCAAGGUGAACGAGCUAACCAAGCACCGCCAGACCGCCCUGCACCUGGCCGCCCAGCAGGACCUGCCCACCAUCUGCUCGGUGCUCUUGGAGAACGGGGUUGACUUCUCCGCUGUGGAUGAGAACGGGAAUAACGCUCUCCAUCUCGCGGUCAUGCACGGCCGGCUGAGCACCAUCCGGGCCCUCCUGACUGAGUGCAGCGUGGAUGCCGAGGCCUUCAAUCUCAGGGGUCAGUCACCGUUACACAUUCUGGGCCACUACGGCAAGGAGAACGCGGCCGCCAUCUUUGAGCUCUUCCUGGAGUGCAUGCCCGAGUACCCGCUGGACAAACCCGAUGCCGAAGGGAACACAGUGCUGCUUUUGGCCUACAUGAAGGGCAAUGCCAACCUGUGCCGGGCAAUCGUUCGCGCGGGGGCUCGCCUGGGCGCUCACAACAACCAAGGAGUCAACAUCUUCAACUACCAGGUGGCCACGAAGCAGCUCCUGUUCCGGCUCCUGGACAUGCUCUCCAAGGAACCUCCAUGGUGUGACGGCUCCAACUGCUACGAGUGCGCGGCCAAGUUUGGGGUCACGACACGGAAGCAUCACUGUCGGCACUGUGGACGCCUCCUUUGCCACAAAUGCUCCACCAAGGAGAUCCCCAUCAUCAAGUUUGACCUGAACAAGCCCGUGAGAGUCUGCAACAUUUGCUUCGACGUUCUGACCCUGGGGGGGGUCUCGUAGGGAGCCGGGGAUCACCCUGGCUCUGUUCUCCUCGGCCCCAGCAGCCGCCCAGCUCGCCAGCCCCGCAGCCAGGGAGAGGGGGAAGGCAGUGGCGACGACCUUUGUCUCCCUCCGGCAACAGACUGAAAAAAAUUAAGGACCCCUAGUGAUUUACUCCACUACCAAUGAUUUGUACGAUUGUCAUUGUAUCAGGCUGUGACCUAUUUCAGCUGAAGUUUAAAUUGGAAUGGACCACUGGAAGCAAGACGGUGAGUUUGACUGCAGUAGAUCCCCCAGAGAGCCUGGUGUCGAGGCCUGGGGUAAGGGAGGAGGCCGAGGUCUCUCGGCCGGGCUAGCCGCGGCUCGAGCCGGCUGUGUGCGGCCGUGGGCUUCCCCUGUGGGUUCUUUCCGCUAGGAAGCCUUCCCACAGCUCAGUAGUGCUAGCGGCACUUUGUAAACAGGGUUCACAGAAGGAUUGCCAGGGAAAAAGUGGCCUUAACAACAGAAAGCUUUACCGGGAGCAUCCCCGCUCUCCCGCUCGGUGCGCAGGCAGCAGGCUGCCCUCCUCCACCACGUUUGGGGUGCGGGGCCGCUCCCCCGAGGUGCCCCUGCCCCGGGGGACAGCAGGAGGGAGCCGUGUACUCGAGGUGGUGACGCUGGCGGGUCUCGCUCUGCAUCUCCAGCCCGUGCGCACACCCACACAGAAAACCUGGAGCCCAUGUGUCCCCCGCUCCUGGUCAGGGCGAGAAAGACCAUGUUUAUCCCACAUGGGGCAUUUUGUUUAGACCGCUUCCUUCAUGUGGCUCCAGAGGCCAAGAAGAGAUGGGUCCCCCAUCCCUCGCCAGGGUUCCACCCCCGCUUUCCUGGUCCUCCCCUCAUCAGUGUGGUCCCCAAAGGCCAGAGGAACUUUGUGGUGGCCCCCUCCCCCAAUGAGGACUGGGAAGGAGAAGGGGCUUUGUGCCCUCUCCUCAAAGAUGAGACUGUCACAGCAAGGGAGGCUGCCUGCCCCCCACCCCAGAAGUGCCCAUGGCAGAGGAACCGUCUCCCCGGCCUCAGCCUCUCUGCCGAGCCCCGGCCCCAUAGGGCAGCGUGUCACUGGGCCGGCUGAGAGUGGAGGGACCGACGGCCCCGGACUCUCGCUUGCUUCCGGAGCUGUGGCGCGCGUGGUUUCUGUCGCCGUACGUGGGUGCUGCCCGCAGGCGUACACGCACGCACACUGUGAUAUGUAGAGCAGCGUCAGAAAUGCGCGCUACUUCGGCUGUUUUUGUGCUUUAGAAAGGGCACACGCGCGUUUCAAGCAAGAGUUUGUCUGUGGUCGUCGUGUUUGGCACAAAAGUUCAUUUGGGACCAUUUGUUCCGGGCUGUCGCCUUCCACGCGGGGUCUGCUGGAAACCAGAACCUGCUCCUUGGGUGGCGAGGAGGUAGGGCCCCACCUGUGCCACGUCCCCACACUUCCCGCCCCCCUUUGCGGCCCCCAGCCAGCUUCCAUGCUGGAGGCCCUCGGGCAUUUGGGCGUCUGCCUCAUAAGAAACCAUGUUCUCGAGUUUUGUUAGUCACACCUCAUUCUUUAAUCCAAAUCCCUCGAAUUAUGUUCCGGGGGCUCGGCUCCCGCUCCAUCCGCUUCUGCUGUCGCCUCCUGCCUUGUUACGCUUGGGUCUGAAUCGCAUGUGGAAGUAUGCUGGGCACACGUGUGUUUGUGGGCUGUCAGGGUCAGUCCGUACGCUGCAGCUCAGCCUGCCCCCCUAUCCCACACUCAGACUUGGGGGGGCGUCUGGGGCAGCCUGGGCUCUGCCACGGGCACGUGGGCGCCUGCGGUCGGGGCACAAUCAGCCUUCCCGGGUGCCUUCGGACCUUCCGGGCUGCUCUAAGUGCUGUUUGGGCAGUGGUUCCAGGCAGCCCCGGGAGGACACGGAUCCUCCUCAGUCACAGCUGAAAAGGCCGGAGCCCUCACAAAGGGGCGACCAAGCCAGGCCCAUCCCCCACUCGCGGCUUGGGACCAGCGGCAGGCGGGGGCUCCUGAGCUGCAUCGAGCGGCCCGGAGGGGACUAGGCAAGGGACACGGGUGCUUCUCAGUAGAUUGGGGUUCUUUUCGCCUCAUUUGGACCAUGUGGUUGGGGUUUAGCCCCCCAUGCCCGGACCAGGAGUCCCAGAGUGAACUCCCUUUUUUCACGCUCUCUGUCCCCAGCACGGCCCCCACGGUGAGAGGGCGUCGGAGGGAGCAGAUCCAGCCUCUGACUGGUGGCUCCUUGUCUGUGGCCCGGCCACGAGUCCAGUGGUCAUCCCGAUCUAGUUAGGGGUAAAGAGGAAAAGGCCCAGGAGUGAGGGGGGCCCCAGAAGGCAAAGCACAAAACCCCGGGGGAGAGGAAGGUGGGGCAGGGCAGGGGACUUCCCUAAUCGGUUUCCAAGGCCUUGUUUUCCCUUCGUGAUGUGGAGGGGCACGGACUGGCCAGAGCUUGCUCCUCAUUACCCUUCUAGAUGCCUUAAAGACUGCAGAUUCACGCCUCCACAGCUUCUUUCCGGGGGCUUCACGCCGGGCUGAGUCUUAGCGGCAAAAGCCCCCGGAGGCCCUGCACCCCCCGCUCUGGGGUCCUGGGCCAAAGGGGGGGCCGGAGGCUCAGGGCGGGGGGCGAGCACUACGGCCGGGGUCCCCAUGGAGUCUGUGGAAUAGAAUGUAUUUUUCCAAAUGGAUAUUUGCAUUAACUGUACCGAUUCCUUGUGAUAAUCCUAGAACGGCAUCAACCAUGUACAUUAAAAUGAAAGCCUUUGGUAA